AUGUCUCAAUUCACCCUCCCCCCCCUUCCCUACGCUUACGAUGCGUUGGAGCCCGUCAUCUCCAAGCAAAUCAUGGAAAUCCACCACCAGAAGCACCACCAAACCUACAUCACCAACCUCAACGCCGCCCUAACUGCCCAAUCUACUGCCCUCCAAUCCCAAGACGUCCCCCAACUCAUCUCCCUGCAACAAAAGAUCAAAUUCAACGGUGGUGGCCACAUCAACCACUCCCUCUUCUGGAAGAACCUGACCCCCGCCAGCUCCCCGCAGGCGAAGCUCGAGUCUGCCCCCGGUAUCAAGGCUGCGAUUGAGAGGAAGUGGGGUAGCUACGAGGCAUUCCAGAAGUUGUUUUCGGCUACUUUGCUGGGAAUCCAGGGUAGUGGAUGGGGUUGGUUGGUUGCCAAUAAACCCAAGGGGGAGUUGGAGAUUGUGACGACGAAGGAUCAGGAUCCGGUGACUGGGGACACGCCGCUUUUUGGAAUUGAUAUGUGGGAGCAUGCGUAUUACUUGCAGUACCUGAACAACAAGGCCUCCUAUGUCGAGGGUAUCUGGAAGAUCAUCAACUGGUCUACUGCUGAGGACCGGUACCAGAACGGCAUCGAGGGCCCUGCUGUCCUCAAGCUGUAA